AUGACGACGCUGGCGAUCACCUGCUUCGGCUUUCUGGCCCUUCUCAACCUGGUUGCCGCGGAAGGAUCUGUCCAAAAUCCGAAUGUAACGCAGUGUGAAGGCUCGGAUGACUCUUACUUAGUGAUUCAGGAUGUCAAAAUCACCGACGCCGAACUUGGGAAGACAGCGCAAUUUGACGUCAAAGCUCAAGUAAAUGAGGCCUUUGGCGUCAAUCCCGUACUGAAAAUUUCUUUCGCGAAACCUGAGGGAAGGCUCGUGCAAUGCGUUCACCUGAUUAUCCCAAAACAACUGAAGCUUUGUGGUGGUGACACGGAGUUUGAGAAACAGGUGACGGCUGAAUGGAACAACAAGUGUCCUAUUGAAGAAGGCACAUAUUCUCCACGUCUAUCCAUCUAUCUUCCUGAUAUGAACUUAGCCAAGGGAUGCAUUGGGGAUGGCAAAUUUAUCGUCACCCUCACGGUCGCAGAUCAAGGAAAGACUUUGGAUUGCGUGUCCUUCCCUGUAUCAAUUGAUGGGCGCUUCGGAAGUAUUCUGCCUUCCAAAAAUAUGGUUCUGUUUUAGAGUGGUUACCCUGAGAAUGCGAAUACAAGUGACAAAAAUGUUUACCUAUAGAUAACAUGUACGUUGAGAACAUAGCAGUCUGAUCAUUUAUAUCAGUGUGCUCUUGGUGACACGAUUAAAUGAUUAAUACAAUAUCUGAUCAAUGCAGAGCAUUGUAUUCUAAUUUCACUAUGAACGAAUCCUUUAUCUCGACAUUGUAUACUGUGAAAUUGAAAUGUUGGAAACCCAUAUCAAGCUAAUUAAAGCAAAAUUGCCGUGCAGCUCGAUAAAAAAAUCAGAUCAAGCAGGCGUCGCGAGGACGCAUGGCAUAGAACUUUUUAGGGGCUUAGCUUGGGGUGUAACUAGAGUGAUUCAUUUUUUUCUAGGAAUAAACUUUAUCCCGUAGUUUCCUUGUCCCAGUGCGAAUUCAUUUGAGUGUCACCUCUGCAUCACUCCGAGAAUUAAAAAAAUACAUGUUCAGCUUAAAUUGUUUCAUUACGAGACAAUAAUUACCGUCUGGCAGCCUCAGCACCAUCCCCAAUUUUCGAUUUUCGCCAGGUCAAAACAUAAAGCGUCAAAACAUGUUGUACAAGAAUUGUACAGGACCAGUGCACAUGUCGGGACCUAUGUGAUAUGAACAUUUCAUAUAGCGGAUAGUGAAAUUCUCCAAGACUGCUCAUUUCUUACGUGCGUCUUGGGCGUAACAGAAAUGGAUGCGCACGCAUGCCUUCUCGCGUACCCGUGCUACGCCAUGGGAUAAAUCUUGUAUUGUCUUGGGUUUCCUUAUUUAUUAUUUAUUGCAAAUGUGUACAGGCCGCUUCCUGACCAGUCCCCCAUUGUGGGCAUUUGCCACGUUAUGAAAACCGUCAUCAUAUCGCCCAUGCGGACACGUUUCUUGGUCGAUCCUCUAUUGUCGGUAUGUGUCGUACUAUAAUAACCACAAUCAUCAGCACGCGGUGAUCAUCGCCGAGAACUAGUUAGUGUUGGCACGAGUGGAGCGUGCUUGUUCUCUGUUUCAACGAAAUGCCUGUAUAAAAAUACUGACAAAUAUAUCCA